AUGGGCCGAGGGCAGGCCUUGUUAGGCCACUAUGGCUUGUUUAAUAUGUAUGACUGGGCUUCGUUGAGAAGGUAUGUCAAUUGCCAGAGUUCAGUAGCUAUUGCUGCAGGGCACGGGACAGAGGUGGGUGGAGGACUUAAACUCUGGCAAGUGUCUGAUAGUGACCUCACAAGAAAACUUUGCCUUUUCACGUUAGUUAGAACCAAACCACAAAUGCUGCUUAGAGAAACCAUUCGCAAGACCAAGGUUUUAUUUCACAAGACCCUCCGUAGCUUCAAGUCUGUCAUCUUUGUAGGGUACCAAAAACUACCCCGAUCUCUCUCCCUCAAUCCAUUUCUCGGUCGCAGUGGAAAUGCCAGAACUUACACAAGCGAUCAAUUCUACAAUGAGUUUUAUGACAUGUUGCAGUCUGAUCUGAACAGAAUAAAGAGGGUUGACGACAGUAGCAUGCGCAGGUCGAGAGAUCUAGAAAGGGAAGAUGCUGCAAACACUGAAACCCUCAAGAAACAAAGUUCACAAAAGAGCGUUGCUGUAGAUGGAGAAGUGGAAGAGAAGAAAAGCAAAGGGAGCUGUGAAUUGGAAAAGAGGGAAUGCUUGAAUAAUUCAAAAAGCAUGGACGAGGGAGUUCAUGACUUGGUGCAAAAGAUGAAGGAAUUGGAGAUGAUGGAUACGGGUGAUGUCGAACACGUGCUAGACAUAGAAGAGGCACUUCACUACUACUCACGCCUUACAAGUCCUGUUUAUUUAGAUAUCGUGGACAAGUUCUUCACGGACAUGCACACUGAAUUCUCAGUUCAAGGGUCCUCUAUCAGCAUUAAAAGGUCCAAGUCAAAGGGAAAACUAGGCUCAAUCAGGCUGUAG